AUGGCCAAUGGAACGUGGCCAUGGACGCCAGCAGUUCAAGCGCGUUCCUGUCACAGGAAUUACCCCCCGAAACAUGCCGAGAAGCAUCGCGGAGGUGCCGAUCCCGACGAGCCUCGACCAGGAGCCCUUGAACGCGGCAUACGUAAACGAGCAGCACCGACCAUUCCCAGGCCCCACAACGGACUGCCGACCUGCCCACGACAAUCUUUUUCAACAUAG